UAUCAACAGCUCCGAAAGCUCUCCGAUACCCACAACAACAGCAUAGCAUAAUUACACCGCGCACUAUGGCCGACGAAGACAAGGAAAAGGCCGAGAAGGUCGCAGCAGCAAAGAAGAGGUACGAGCAGUUGAAGAAGCAGAAAGCGAAGAAGGCGGGCGGCGCAAAGAAGAAGGAAGACAAGACCGAAGCUCCGGAAGCUGAAGCCUCGACCGCGACCGAGAAAGCAGAGGAGAAGACCGAAGAAGCCUCUGCGCCGGAACCGGUCGAAGCUACGAGUGCAUCGCCAGGUCCCGUUGACGACGACGAAGAACCGGCCGAACUUCCUAAGACGACAACCUCGCAUGGGCGCAAGGCUUCCGUUGCUGUCGAGUCGCGCCAGAGAUCGGCGUCUUUUUAUCGAGGAGGGGCUUCUGGUACUCCUACGUCGCCGACUGCGAUCACACCGGGUGGUGGUGUGUCUGGUGAUAUAUACAGAGAACAGGCGCAGAGGAUAGAGGAGCUUGAGAAGGAGAAUAAGAGGUUGGCGGGUGAGGUCGAGGAGAAUGAGAAGAGAUGGAAGAAGGGCGAAGAGGAGCUCGAGGAGCUGAGAGAAGGGAGGGGAGAUGUUGCGCUCGCGGUUGAGAGGGGCAAGGAGGCUGAUAAGCUAAAGUCAGAAGUCGAAUCGCUCAAGCGACAGAUAUCACAACUUCAAUCCCAGGCAUCAAAAUCCAACCGAAAGACAUCCACCGCGUCGCCUAGCCAAACCGCCUCCAUCGACGAUCUCAAUGCUCAGGUUGCUUCAAAAUCCGCUACCAUCGAAUCACUAGAACUGGAGAUAUCGAACCUAAACAAACAGAUGACGGAUCAGACGAGCAAAAACAACGAGCUUCAAGCUAGGAUAAGCACUCUCGAGUCGUCGCUGCACAAGGCGGAACAGGAGGCAAGCUCUACAAAGAUAGAGCUCUCAGAUCUUAAGACAAACCUCGAGAAGGCCAGCGAACAGGCAGCGAAAGAAGGCUCGGAUCGAGAUACCGCCCAGACACGCAUCGCUCAAUUGGAAGCUGAGCUUGGCGCCGCAAAUCGCAAAGCGUUAGACUCCAUACAACGUGCUGAGCUUUUAGAGAAGAAGGUCGAAACCCUGACCCAGCUACACCGCGACAACGACGCAAGGAAUCAGCAACGAGUACAAGAGCAUAAGAAAGUCGAACGCGAAGUCGCCGAGCUUCGAACCCGCGUGACGGGCCUCAGCAACGAAAAUGCCCGUCUCCGAGAAGCAGAGCAGCGCCGACGCAAAGUAGAUCUCGGCAAUAUCGAAGACUCCAGCGUGCAAGAGCUCGUAGACGAAGAACGCGACCGUCUCCUCACCAAAGUGCGCGAGCUCGAGGAAGAAAACUUCGACCUCCGUCGCGGCGUAUGGCGCGACCGCCGCCAGCAAAUGCAACCCUCCAUCGAGGACCACGACCACGCAGGUUUUGACGACAUCGAUCUCACCGCCACGUCACCUUCCUCACGUCGUCCGUCCGGCCGCCAGACGUCCACUUUCCAGGACGUCCUUCAAUCCGGCAUCUCCGCCUUCACGGGGAAGCCGCAUCCACACGCGCCACAUCGGCGCAGCGACGCUGCGAGUCAAGCGAGACCACAUGGCGAUUCGCUCCACAGAGCGAGAGAAGCUAGUUUGGGCAGUAUGGACGACUUUGAGUUCGAUGAGGAUGCGUUUAGAGCGGCACAGGAGGAGGAGCAGAGGAAGAGGAUUGAGCGGGUGAGAGAGGUCAAGAGAGGGUUAAGUGCGUUUAAGGGGUGGAGAGCGGAUUUUGUGGAUGUAAGGGUAGGGAUGGGCGGUGUUUUUGAUAUUUGAGGGAGCAGGUAUAGUUAGCUGGAUACCUAUCGUCCUUUUGGGCAUAUAGCGUGCAGGAUUAGGCAUGAGGUGCGUGCUCACCGCUGGGCGCUUGAAAUCAGAGAGUUUACUCCUUAGCGUUGUAUAUUUAUUAAGAGUCGCU